AUGGCCAGACGAGGUGACAGGAUCUCAAGAUGGACGACAGAUGGGUGCACAACAAGGCCAACACCGCCUACAUUUCGCGACGGAAGCUUCUCUCCACGAAUUCGUCAUUCGACUAGUGUACCGUCAUUCAUCUGUCGUACGUCGCUCGCACUUGGUCUCCUGCAGUGCAAUCACGUGAAAUUUGAUACGCUCUGCAGCUCUGAGAAGGGAAUGCACGUCAGCGUCUGUGGACACUGUUCUCGCGUUGCAGGUACACAGUCUCCAUGGCGAGUCGUGCUUGGUCCAGAAUCGAAGACAUCCUGA